GAAAUUAGCAAGAGGACCCUGACAGCUAGGGCGGAAAGCGUCUGAGUGGGCAAAGGAAGGGGGAGGGAAGCAGGGUGGAGCCCGCGGUCCUUCUGGAUUAGUCGGCGCGUGCUAGAUUCUGAAAGAAGAACGAACGGUCCACGCAGCAAUCGGGAGGCUCCGUGCUCUCCCGGGAUGCAAGUACGGACUCUCGGCCGUGUGCAGCCUUGUGAACCGAGAGCCCUGGACCGCCCGUUCCCCCUCGCAUCCUCCGCGGUGGCCGUGCGCGCAGGAGGACGAGCGGGCUGGAGGCAUCAUCCUCAUCAUCCUCAGCAUCCGCGUCCACGGCCCGCGCGGCCUCCCGCGCCCGGGGCUUCCUCCCGGCCGGAGGAGAAAGUUCCGUGGGGGUGUGCCCUAGCGAUCCUGCAGCUGCGGACGGGAAAGGCGCAGGCCAAGGCCGCGAGCCCGUCCCCGCAGCUUACCCGCACCGAUUCGUAGCGCUCGGCCCCGGAGCAUGGCAUUCCCCGUGGACAUGCUGGAUAACUGCAGUCAUGAAGAAUUGGAAAGUUCUGCUGAAGAUUACUUGUCAGAUCUUCGGUGUGGCGAUCCUGAAAAUCCUGAGUGCUUUUCUUUUCUCAACAUUACGCUCUUCACUGAUCUUUCAUCAAUUGUCGUUUCAGAUUCCCAUUAGCCUGUCAAAUGUAGGCUUCGUACCUCUUUAUGGUGGCGAUCAGACCCAGAAAAUCCUCGCUCUUUUUGCUCCUGAGGACUCACUCACAGCUGUGGCACUUUAUCUUGCUGAUCAGUGGUGGGCUAUUGAUGAUAUUGUGAAAACAUCUGUUCCUUCCAGAGAGGGGCUGAAGCAGGUGAGAACUCUUGGGGAGAGAGUGGUUCUGUAUGUUCUGAAUCGAAUUAUUUAUAGAAAACAGGAAAUGGAGAGAAACGAGAUCCCAUUCCUGUGUCAUAGCAGUUCUGAUUAUGCUAAAAUUCUUUGGACGAAAGGAGAGGCCAUUGGGUUUUAUUCAGUUAAGCCUACAGGAAGUAUAUGUGCCUCAUUUCUCACUCAAAGCUACCAACUACCAGUUCUUGACACAAUGUUUGUAAGAAAGAAAUACCGAGGCAUAGAAUUUGGGCUUCAUAUACUGGAGGACUUUGUUGAUUCUUUUACAGAAGAUGCACUUGGCUUACGGUAUCCACUAUCCUCUCUCAUGUAUACAGCUUGCAAACAGUACUUUGAAAAAUACCCAGGAGACCAUGAACUUCUUUGGGAAGUUGAAGGUGUUGGACACUGGUACCAGCGAAAACCAAUCAGCAGAGCAUUACAAAGAGAAACCCUCAAAAUUAAAGCUGUUUCUCAGAAUGAAGCUAAAAGAUCUAUAUCUGGAAAUUAUGGUCUUGCCUGUGUUCCAGAAUAUGAAGCAGGAACUGAAGACAAUCAGUCUAGUGAUAUGCAACUGACUAUUGGUUCUCUAAAAGAUGCCUUUGCAAGCACUCCUGAAGGUCAUGAAAAAACACCUGUUUCCACUCGUACUCGAAGUAGUCAUCUAAAGCGGCCAAAGAUUGGGAAACGGUUUCUAGAUUCAGAGUUUAAUUCUCAAGGUGAAGGUGAAAAAACUUCCCAGACUUCACCUACAGCAAACAAAUUGGAAUUCACUACUCGUAUAUCAGAGAGCUCAGAAGAAAUCAUAGAAGAAGAAUUCCAAGAGAGCAUGGUUGAAUUUGAGGAUGGAAGCGUUAAUAAAGAAGCUUUGCAAACACCGGAAACCCAGGCACACCUGGAGAAGCAAGCAGACGAGAAGGAGUCUGAGUUAGAACCUCUGAACGGUGAGGUGGUGGAUGAUACACUAAAGACUUCGCUUGUAACUGAAGAGGAAGACUCUGCUAGUGAAGUGUUAGAAGAGUUAAAAUUGCAGUCUUUAAAUUCCAAUGAAGACUCCGCAAAUCUUGUUCCCUCGGUGAUAGAAUCUGCAAAACCUCCUGAAGCUAUUGCACAGGAUAAGGUUUCCCCUACAACUGGCUCAGAAACGUUGCUAGAUGAAAACCUGUCCGAAGAAAAGGGACACAACGAAGAAAAAACGCCACUAGUCUCCAGAAAGAAAGUGCAAUCGGGGGGUUCAGACAGCGUUGCUUCUGUCCCAAAUGAAGAGCGAGCUGAUGGUGGCCUUCCAAGCUCUGUCACAGCUGAAUUUCCUGAGGAACCAGUCUCUGAAAACGUUGCCCUCAAGACCAGCUCCUCAUUGGAAGACCAGGGUGAGGAGGCAGUGCCUGAGCCCCAGGAAACACCAGCUGCCCUUCCUCAGGGUUCUUUGAUAGAGGUGGAACUUGAAGACGUGCCAUUUUCACAGAGUGCGGGACAGAAGAGCCAGUCUGAGGAGCAGUCUGAAGCGUCUUCUGAGCAACUGGAUCAGUUUGCACAGUCAGCAGAAAAAGUUGUGGAUAGCAGCUCAGAGGAGAUAGAAGUGGAAAUACCUAUAGUAGAUAGGCGGAAUUUAAGAAGAAAGGCGAAAGGACACAAAGGACCCGCUAAGAAGAAAGCCAAGCUGAUCUGAGUGGGAAAACACACACGAUAAAUCUUUGUAACAUAAUUGUUGUUUUUAAAAUAUGGCAAUUAAUAAAUAGCAUGGGGCACAGGACAAAAAGUUCCAGAAUUUCAAUUGAACUUAUUUAUGAUACAGUUUUCCUCUUCCCCUAGGACCUAGGAGUCACCAUUCUUUUUUUUCAGGCUAUUUUGUGUAAAUACAAUUUUUUAAUUUUUA